GGUUGCGGCAUCCGAGGUGUGGAGGUGGUGUGGUGUGGUGUGGGUGUAGUGGUGGAGGUGCAGUUUUGUUGAUCUCUAGGUAUUGGGUUUUGCUUUUCUUUUCAUUUGUUUUACAUUGUUCUUUUCUUGGUUAGGUGUAUUUGUUCAAAUAACUUCGUAGAAAACUCUUAAACAACUAGCUCUCUCUAAAACACUGGUGCUUCUCUGAGUUUGAGUUCAAACCAAGAAGCCAAUAUUGGGAAACAGAGAGAGAGAGAGGCACAGAGAUUGAGAGAGCAAACCAAAUGAUACAAACCCAAGAAGAAAGUUUUGGAAAUUGAGGCAAAUGUCGAUGCCCAGCUCGAGGCAACAACAAUCCUUCUCUUCUUCUUCUUCUUAUUGUUCUUCAUUCUUUAUACUCUCUCUUCUCUUAACCAUUCUCUUCACUAUCAAAACCUCUGCUACACAAAACCAUGAAGCUUCUCUUCUCUUCUCUUGGCUACACUCCUCUCCUUCUCCACCUUCUUCACUUUCUUGGAACAAUAUUGAUGCCAACCCAUGUAACUGGACCUCCAUCACAUGCUCUCCACAAGGUUUUGUCACUGAAAUCAAUAUCCAGUCAGUCCCUCUUCAGCACACAUUGCCACCCAAUAUCUGUUCAUUUCGAUUCCUUCGUAAACUAGUGAUCUCCUAUGCUAAUCUUACUGGAACAAUCCCAGUUGAUAUUGGUGACUGCAGUGAACUCACUCUGUUAGACAUUAGCUCAAACAGUUUGGUGGGUAUUAUUCCUUCAAGUAUUGGUCAGCUUCAAAAUCUUGAAGAGUUGAUUUUGAACUCUAACCAGCUUACUGGGAAAAUCCCAGUUGAGCUAGUCAAAUGCAUUGGACUCAAGAGUCUGCAGCUUUUUGAUAAUAAGCUAGGUGGGUAUAUCCCUCCCGAGCUAGGCAAAUUGUCAAAUCUUGAAGUCAUGAGAGUUGGUGGCAACAAAGACAUUAUUGGAAGAAUUCCUGAUGAGCUUGGAGAUUGCAGCAAUCUGACUGUGUUGGGGAUUGCUGAUACGCGAAUUUCGGGUUCUUUACCGGCCUCAUUGGGGAAGCUAAGCAAGCUUCAAACUUUGUCUGUGUACACUACAAUGCUCUCUGGUGAAAUCCCACCUGAAAUAGGUAACUGUUCUGAGCUUGUGAGCUUGUUUUUGUAUGAGAAUAGUCUAACUGGUUCAAUCCCACCUGACAUUGGUAAGCUUGGGAAGCUAGAACAGUUGUUUUUGUGGCAGAACAGUCUUGUUGGGGUUAUCCCAGAAAAGAUUGGUAAUUGUAGUAGCUUGAAAAUGAUUGACCUCUCUUUGAAUUCUCUAUCUGGGACCAUACCUUUGUCUUUAGGAGGCCUUUUGGAGCUUGAAGAGUUUAUGAUUAGUGAUAACAAUGUGUCUGGUUCAAUACCCUCCAGCCUUUCCAAUGCUAGGAAUCUUGUACAGUUACAAGUUGAUAAAAAUCAGAUCUCAGGUUUGAUUCCACCAGAGCUUGGAAUGUUGUCAAAGCUCAAUGUCUUCUUUGCUUGGCAGAACCAGCUAGAAGGAAGCAUUCCUUCUAGUUUGGGUAGUUGUGGUAAUCUCCAAGCAAUAGAUUUGUCUCACAAUUCACUCACUGGUAGCAUUCCCCCAGGCUUGUUUAAGCUUCAAAACCUCACAAAACUGCUGCUGAUUUCUAAUGAUAUUUCUGGUACCAUACCACCAGAAAUUGGCAAUUGCAGCUCACUUGUUCGGUUACGGCUGGGAAAUAACCGGAUUUCUGGUGGGAUUCCAAGAGAAAUAGGGGGUCUCAAGAGCUUGAAUUUUCUUGAUUUUUCCAGCAACCGCCUUUCGGGAUCAGUUCCAGAUGAGAUUGGGAGUUGCACAGAGUUGCAAAUGAUAGACUUUAGCAACAACACUUUGCAGGGUCCCCUGCCUAACUCAUUGUCUUCUUUGUCUGGGCUCCAAGUCCUGGAAUGUUCUCUUAAUCGAUUUUCAGGUCAAGUACCGGCAAGCUUAGGCCGCCUUGUUUCACUAAACAAGCUCAUUUUGGGCAGCAAUUCAUUUUCCGGGUUAAUACCUUCAUCUCUUGGACUGUGUUCAAGUCUCCAAUUGCUUGAUCUUAGCAGCAAUGAGCUCACCGGCAGCAUCCCCGUGGAGCUCGGUCGAAUAGAAGACCUUGAAAUUGCACUUAACCUGAGUUGCAAUGAACUCACGGGGCCAAUUCCGCCUCAGAUAUCAGCACUGAACAAGCUUUCCAUAUUAGACCUUUCUCAUAACAAACUGGAGGGGGAUUUGAGUACACUUUCAAGACUUGAAAAUCUUGUCUGUCUCAACAUCUCCUACAAUAAAUUCACUGGUUAUCUGCCUGACAACAAGCUUUUUCGCCAAUUAGCCCCUGCAGACCUAGCAGGGAACCAAGAUCUCUGCUCCUCAAGCCAGGAUUCAUGUUUCAUGGGCGGUGUUGGCGGCAUAAAUGAGAAGGAUGAAAAGCAGUCGCGCAGACUUAAAUUAGCACUUGCAUUGCUGAUUACUCUUACAGUAGCAAUGGUGAUUAUGGGAACAAUUGCGGUUAUUCGUGCUCGAAGGGUUAUUAGAGACGACAAUGAUUCUGAGUUAGGAGACUCAUGGCCAUGGCAGUUCACACCAUUCCAGAAGCUAAAUUUCUCGGUCGACCAGGUGCUUAGAUGCCUAGUGGAUGCGAAUGUGAUUGGAAAGGGAUGUUCAGGGGUUGUUUAUCGCGCUGACAUAGAUAAUGGUGAAGUCAUUGCAGUGAAGAAGCUGUGGCCAUCAACAGUAGCUGCUGCAAAUGCAUGCAAUGAUGAAAAAUGCAGUGUUCGCGAUUCCUUCUCAACUGAGGUGAAAAUGCUAGGCUCGGUCCGCCAUAAGAACAUUGUUAGAUUCUUGGGUUGUUGUUGGAAUCGAAACACGAGGUUGUUAAUGUAUGAUUAUAUGCCUAAUGGAAGCUUGGGUAGUCUCCUUCAUGAGAGGACAGGAAAUUCUUUGGAAUGGGACCUUAGGUACCAUAUCUUGUUAGGAGCAGCACAGGGCCUAGCUUAUCUACACCAUGAUUGUGUCCCUCCUAUUGUUCAUAGAGAUAUUAAGGCUAAUAACAUCCUCAUCGGCCUUGAGUUUGAGCCUUACAUUGCUGAUUUUGGCCUUGCCAAGCUUGUUGAUGACGGCGAUUUUGCUCAAUCCUCCAAUACAGUUGCUGGCUCCUAUGGAUAUAUUGCUCCCGAGUAUGGAUACAUGAUGAAGAUCACAGAGAAGAGCGAUGUUUAUAGUUAUGGUAUCGUGGCACUGGAAGUAUUGACAGGGAAGCAACCAAUCGAUCCAACAAUUCCAGACGGGCUCCAUGUAGUUGAUUGGGUUAGACAAAAGAGGGGAGGUAUUGAAGUCCUUGAUCCAGGCUUAUUGUCUAGACCAGAAUCAGAAAUCGAGGAGAUGAUGCAGGCAUUAGGCAUAGCCUUACUAUGUGUAAACUCACCACCUGAUGAAAGACCAACAAUGAAAGACGUCGCGGCAAUGCUUAAAGAGAUUAAGCAUGAGACAGAAGAGUAUGCAAAGGUUGAUGUGCUGCUUAAGGAAUCUCCAGCAACUUAUAUUCAAGAAAAUAAUAAGAAGUCAAGUUCUAGUGCAAUUCCAGCAGCAACAUCAUCAUCCAAGCCUGCAAUGCAAAGCUUGUAUCCUAAAAGCAAUAAUUCAAGCUUCUCCGCUUCCUCUCUACUUUACUCAGCUUCCUCUAGCUCUAAAAUGAGCUUCAAGUAAUUAUCUUGUUCAUUUAUUAGUUUGUUUAGUUGGAAGAAAAACUCUUUGCUUUACAUGUAAAGAAGAGAAGUUUAAUACUACGUACAUGCAGGUUAAUGCACAACUGGAAAUAGUGCCAAAACUUUGCAGAUUGCA